CCUGCAUCCAUCCAUCCAUCCAUCUGCUCAUGCUGCUCAUCAAGUAGACGCACAGCAGAAGCCCUAUCCACAACCUCACACAGAUCUGACGGCCUCUGUCGCCUUGUCGUCACAAAACGCAGGAGCGCUCAAUCUGACUGCCUGCCUGGCCCAUCCUUCCGCUCGACAAUGAUGAAUCCCCUGCUCCUGGCGCUAUCGCCAUCGAUGGUGUCCAUGGCAGCAUACAGCUGACUUGCCGUCGCCCACACGAGAGGCGUCUCCGGCCACACAUCGAGCAAAAGGAAACGAUCGCAGCUCGGCGCAUACGCACCCACCACCGAGAAAUGGCCACCCACCUGCACGCAAGCACACAGACAGACAGACAGACAUACACGCAUUCCUGCGCCCGUGGUGCAGUCGCACUGACCCCUUCUUGCCCCAGGCAGGUCAUAUCAUAGUUGACGAUGACCGGCACCCCCCGCCGCAGCGACGCGCAGCACGCAUCCCGGAAGGCCUCCACUGAGCUGUCAGAGGCCAAGUGUGUCGACGGGCGGAGGCCGGCAGCGUCUACGAGAGGCACCAGCUGCUGGAGGGUCAUGCCCUUUGUGGCCAGGUCGGAGGGCAGGAGGGGCGCCAGGCGCUCGACAAGGGACGACUCGGAUAUGAGAGCGUCGCCAUGGGCCACACCUGCCUGCAGCAGGCACACACACCCGCACACACAGACACGCAAAUCAUGGCUUUCUUCCUUGCAGCAGCCCGAGGCCUGCCCGCGGAUACCGUGAGCGCGAGAGAGGCAAUGGCACACUGCAUACACACAAGCAUCACACACAGCCGGAGACCAUUCUGUCUGUCUGUCUGACUGUCUGACUGUCCCUUUGCCCUCACCGUCGUGUUUGUCUCUUGCUUCUUGAACCAUCGCCCAAUCCCAGGCACCGCCAGCACACCACCAUCGCCGUGGAGCGUCAUGUUGGCGUCAUCCUUGCCCAGCAGCAGCAGAUCUGUGCCAUGUGGCUGUCUGCAGAACACCUUGCCGUCGUAUGCUGGCCUCGGCUGGAUCUCAUCUAGGUCAAACAGGAGCUCUGUUGCCAGACACCGAGGCAUCUCUUGACGAGGCCGUCAGCAGAUCAGAUCAG